AUGGUUGCCCUUAGGGGUGUACCACUUGCCAGCAGCGCGUUGCUGCACGCGCCUGUUUUAAACAGCAAACACUUGGUCAUCGAGAUCCGCCAUGGGGAGAUGUGUAUGAACGAGUUUACGUGCCAACAGCUUCUCUCUAGAGUGAAAGAGAACUGUCGCGUAUCGGACAUUCAGCCGAAUGGGUUAAUCACCUACCGUGAUUGCAAGCAGUUGUUGUCGGAUACUGACUACAUCGCAAACAUCGACACACGCUUUGAAUGCAUCCUCGUACGUCUGUAUCCGGUUUCGGCAAUCGUAUUGCAUGAUUCGGUGCUGGUCAUUGCAAAUGGGAACAUGAAUCUAGACGAUUUCCUACGCUCACUCUGCAGCAUCACCCGUGAGUAUCACAACAAUGAGCACAGUUCCAGGUCACCACCGACGCAUGGCGGCAGGGGAUCCGAUGACGUUGAUGCUUCGGCGGACUCGGCGCUGCCAUUCGAAGUUAAAAUUUUGGAAUGUUGCUACAUGGCAUCUUUGAACAACCUGGAGGGGGACAUGGCUGCAAUCGAAGAGAAGUUCCGUGUAGUGGAGCAAAUGGUGCACGAGAAGCGCCGCUACCAGGAAAUAAACAUGAUUCUGCACCACCUGAAACAGCCUGUUGUGAACAUGAGCGAGAUUCUAAAAGGAUUCACAGACAUGAUGGACGAAUACCUCAACGACGAGGAUUCCAUGAAGCUGCUGGAAUUCGAAAGUCACAUGCUGUUCUACGGCCCUGAAACGCUGCGUACAGGCUUCGAGGACCGGACGGUAAACCGCGAUUUGGAGAACUUGAUGGAGUACUUCGACCAGGAGGUGGACCAGAUGGCGCGUCGCUCCAGAACACUGGGCACCUCUCUGAAUGAGCUGGAGAAGCACAUAACGGUGGCCCUGGCUAUUAAAAGAAACGAGAUGAUGCGUAUCGAGCUCAUUUGCAGCGUUCUCAGCACGGCGUUCGGGGCUGGAGCCUGCUUAACAGGACUGUUCGGAAUGAACGUGGUCAACAGUUUUGAGGAAAGCCAUGCGGCCUUCAUCGUUAUAUCGGUUAUCGCUCUGCUCAUUAUGUGCAUAGCGGUGUUGGGGAUGAAAAUACUCAUAUACAGGCACCGAGUAUAA